ACAAUAUUGCGUCUGAGUUUUUAUGUAACUGUACUGAACAUGAUGCUAACAUGCCGGUGUUAAAGUGAAGACGUUCAGCUUUUAAAAUAACCCUUUCUUUAGGUUGUGUUUAAGAUGGCGGCCUGUGCCUUGCUGUCCAGACUCUCCCCGCUGCUCAGAGAGCGGCUCGGCUGCAGAGUUCGGUCGUUUUCCUGCGCGGUUCCCUGCUCCCAGCUGCACAGAGCGGAGGGAGCCGCUGGUCUAAGCGGCAAAGUGGACCGGUUCGGUGGAGUGACGGUGAACCUGGCAGAGACAGGACUCCCAGCGGACAUAAGCGAGCAUGCAUUCAGCAGAUUGCUGCAAGACUCUCUGGUCCGGUGGAAAGCAGAAGGGAAGAUGGCGGUGUGGCUCCGAGUUCCUAUCUCACUGAGCCGCUGCGCAGCUGCAGCAUCAGCUCACGGUUUCACCUUCCAUCACGCUAAAAGUGACCACGCUGUACUGGCUCUGUGGAUGGGGGAAGGAGAGAGCAAACUGCCCGGGUUUGCUACUCAUCAGGUUGGCGUGGCAGGUGCAGUUGUUGAUGAGUCCACUGGAAAGGUUCUGGUUGUACAAGACAAAAACAAGACCAAGAACGCCUGGAAGUUUCCUGGCGGCUUGUCUGAUCCAGGAGAGAAUAUUGGUGCCACGGCUGUCCGUGAAGUGUUCGAAGAGACGGGCGUGCGCUCAGAGUUCAGAUCCCUGCUCAGCAUCCGGCAGCAGCACCAGCAUCCCGGGGCCUUCGGCAUGUCGGACAUGUACAUCAUCUGCCGGCUGAGCCCGAUCACCUACGACAUCAACUUCUGCACCCACGAGUGUCUGCGCUGCGAGUGGCUGAACGUGAGCGAGCUGGCCGAGACCAGCAGCACCACGCCCAUCACCUCCCGCAUCGCCCGGCUGCUGCUGCACGGUUUGGAGCACGGCUUUGACAAGAUCGACCUCACCAUGGAGGAGCUGCCCGCCGUUUACUCUGGGAUGUUUUACCAGCUGUACCACAGACAGCUCCCUGUUCUUUCAUAGAGCUCAGUUAGUGUUUUAUGGUCCAGUAUUGAUCCCGUUUAGAGACCGGACCGUUAAAACAUGUGUUCAUACUGGAGGUUCUUAGUGUCUCAGGAUAAGUUUCCCUUCCAUGGCUGAUAUAAAAUGCAUUAUUUAUCACACACCCCCCUUUUUGAUUUGAUACUUGCCUUUUUAAAGUCUAAAUCAGUUUAACUGAGUCUGAUUUUGCACUAAUCUAUCUUACAGAGAUAACAGAAAGCUUUAAAAGCUCAUUUUUAUCUAUCAAACAUUAUGGAAAUGUUCCUGCAACAUUAAAUAUAGAUUUUACUGCGUUUGCCUCUAGUUACUUUACGACACCUUGCUGUAGAGUAGUCCUGGAGUUAUACUUUUAAAUAUGUGGCACUGUUUGAAGGUAAAGUUGAAUAAUAUUCAAUAUGUUCAGGAGGAAAGAGUCAAAUCGUCACAGCUCUUUUAGGCAAUGUCAAUGCAUCACAGGUCAUUGCCUUCACAAAGACGCCUCUGUCUCUGUCGCUCCGAUUCCUGGCUUAGCGCUUCGCCGACAUCGGCAGAAAGAGAAUGGCCUUCUGACCCGGUCCGGUUUUGUUUCCGGACUUGUACUGGCCGGUCCUCUUCAGCGCCACGUACAUGCUGGGGUACUUCCUGGAGCGGUAGGUGUUGUAGUUGUUGCUCUCGAGCCUUUCUAGGAAGUAGGACUCGUCUGUUGGUCGUCUCUAGAGGAAAAGGCACAGGACAUUUUUCACAUUGGUAAAGUUUAACAGCAAUUUCUUUUUUUCUUUGUUGCCAAAAAGAAAAAAGAUAUAUUCAAUAAAGCUGGUUCAGUCUGAGAGGAAAAAAGUCAUUAAAGAGCAAAAAAAUACGAAAUGGUAAAGUAGUAACUUGAGUACUGAGUAAUUGUUGGGUCAUAAGAUUUUUUUAUUGCUUAAAAAGAUGUAAUCUGACAGACAGAGUUGUGCAGAUUCUGGCAUCUCAAAUUAUGAAAUAAAGUAUAAAUAAAUAACAUUAAUCCAAAAUGAAACAUUUUUUCAGAAUAAAA